CAAAAUGGUAGCUGACAAGAAGCCGAUCCUCGUCGUCAUCACGUCGCACACCAAGCUAAUCGGCAAGGACCACCCCACGGGAUGGUACUUGCCUGAGCUCGCUCACCCUGCGUACCAUUUCAAGAGGGAGGGCUACCCCAUGAUUUUCGCCUCCCCCAAGGGCGGUGAGGCUCCCCUCGACCAGUCGUCUGUCGAAGCCUUCAAGGAGGACAAGGAGAGUCAGGAGUUCCUCAAGGAUGAGGAAUUUCAGCAAAUGGUCAAGAACACCAAGAAGCUCAGCGAGAUUGACACCGACGUCAGCAAGUACUCCGCCAUCUUCUACCCCGGCGGCCACGGCCCUUGCUUUGACCUGCCCGUAGAUGCUACGUCUCAGAAGCUCAUUAAGGACUUCUACGAGGCCAAGAUGCCCGUCUCUGCCGUCUGUCACGCUCCCGCCGUCUUUUCCGACGUCAAGCUUUCGAACGGCAAGUACCUCCUCGAGACCCGCAAAGUCACCUCCUUCUCCAACGAAGAGGAGGAAAUGGCCCAGCUCACCGAUGCCAUCCCCUGGCUGGUCGAGACCCGUCUCGGAGAGCGUGGUGGGAUGUACAGUAAAGCAAAAGUUCCAUUCGGGGAACACGUUGUCGUAGACGAGUCGGGCGAUGGCCAUACUCUCAUCACUGGCCAGAACCCAGCGUCAGCUAGCGCUAUGGCCAAGGAGCUCACCAAGGCACUCCAGAAGUAAUUGGAAUCCAAUUCAAUUUGACAUUAAUCAAUGAGAUAGCUGCUUUGGGCCGACGUG